AUGGAGCCAAAUAAUAAUAAUUUAACAAUACCUAUAUUGGACUUUAGAGAGUAUUAUAAACAAGAGACAAGACAGUGCUUCUUGGAUAGAUUACGUGAGGUCUUGAUCAAUGUUGGAUUCUUCUAUUUGGUUGGUCAUGGUUGUUCACCCCAAAUAUGUGAUGAUGUAAUUAAUAUUGCCCGCAAAUUCUUUGACUUGCCGUCAUCAUCAAAGAUGAGAAUGCACAUGGAUAACAGUCGUCACUUUAGGGGAUAUGUUGGAUUAGGUGAGGAGAUAACAAAUUACAAGAAAGAUAAUAGAGAACAGAUAUACUUUAGUAGUGAACUGGAGGUUCCUAAAGACUAUGUGCAUGGUGAGUCUGAACCAUUCCUUGGUAUAAUUGGUCCAAAUCAAUGGCCAUUGGAAUCAGAGGUACCUGGCUUCAAGGAGAAAGUAUUGAGAUACCAGAGUGAAUGCAAUCGUAUAUCCCAAGAGUUGAUGAGUGCGAUUGCCGGCAGCUUGGACCUCGAUCCAGACUACUUCCGUUCUACAUUUGAGCACAAUCCAUGCAAGGAUAUGGUGAUGGCUAGAUACCCAACUGUUACACAUCACAACAAUGAGUUUGGAGUUGGCCCUCACAAAGACUAUGGAUAUCUUACAUUGUUACUCCAGGACAAUGUCGGUGGACUGCAGGUGCAGGCUCAAAAUGGUGAAUGGAUCGAUGCCACACCUAUACCAGGUAGUUUUGUUAUCAACAUUGGACAGUCAUUCGAGAGGAUGACACAACAGGUGUAUGUCGCCACCACUCACAGAGUGUUGAACAAUACUUCUGGACGUGAUAGGAUAUCAACACCAUUCUUUUUGUGUCCUUCAUUGAUGUCCAAGAUUGAAGUAAUACCUCUAUCAGAUCAAAUACUGUCACAACGUAGAAAGGUUGUUACUGAUGUCAAGGAUCAUCAAUUACUUCAACAAUCAAUGUAUGGAAUCAAUCAGUACAAUGGAAUGAAGAGAAGUUUUGUAAAGACAUGGGAGAAGUAUUAUAAAGAGUUGGAGGAUAAGAUGACUACAAGUGUCAAUCCA